AUAGGCCUGCAUUAGUAUAUCUCUGAGUUCGUGUUCCAUGUGGAUAUCGAUCAGAGCGGAGAUGAGUGGAACCCAUUUGGUGGUUCUGGAAUUUGUCACCUGAGCAACCUCAGAGCGGAUGCAUUUCUUUCAUUUCAUGGGCGUCCCACCGGCGUACCAGCAAACCUCCGUGCGACGACGCCAACAAUAAAACCUGAGAGGCUGGGUUGAGGCUGCCGGCUCUCCCGCAUCUGUCCUAUCACCCCAUGUGAUGCCGCUCUCAAACGACUUCGCCUCCCUCAUAGGUUUCGCUUGCGAGGCUGUUUUGUACGGUGUCAACGCCGUUCUUUUCCUGGCUUCUCUGGUCAUCCUGCACACGAGGCGUAAACAAAACAAUAUCUUUCACCCAGUUAUUCUCCUCAACGGCCUCAUAUUUCUAUGUUGUACCGCUCAUUUUGCAAUCGAGUUUAAUCACUUUGUUGCUGCACUGGGAAGCACUGGCGUCGAUGGUUACGCCAACGAGACCAUGCCCCUUCUCGGGGCAGAUAUCCUUGUAUCUGUCACUGACUUCCUCGGUGACGUUGUCCUCAUAUAUCGUUGCUGGAUGAUAUGGGCACACGCGCCCAUCGUCGUUGUCCUUCCUUUCCUUGCAGCACUCGGUGGUUUGGCCUGUAUCGCAGGAGUCGCGCACCUCGUCCUCACUACGAACCCCACGUCCCCCGCGCCCCCACCUGCCAUUGUUCCACUCGGCCUGGCGGGCUACAUUUUACCAUUGUGUACGAACUCCAUCGUGACAUUACUCAUCGUCUUCAAAAUUUGGCAUGCGUCUCGUGGGCUUCCUGGCUCUCCCGAGUUCGUCGGACGUGGCGCCGCUCGUCACGCCAUGAGCCUCAUCAUCGAAAGUGGCUUGCUCUACCUUAUCGCCCAGCUGGUCUAUGUCGUUCUUUUCGCUCUCAAUCACCCUGCCCUUGCCAUUGUGGCAGUCAUGGCCGUUCAAAUAUACGGAAUCGCCCCAACCCUCAUCAUUAUUCGUGUCGCACUCGGCCUUUCCUCAGAACACACCUCCGACACGAUGGUAUCCACAGGCAUCAGAUGGGUCGCACGGCGCGGCGUGACGUCUGGCGUGUCCCCCCGGCGUUACACGGACGGACUGGAAGCAGUGACUGACAUGGAAAACGAUAGUGCCGUGAAAGAGUCUGUGUUUAAAUCAGAGUCAAGUUUUCCCACUGUGAUCGGGUCUAAGGACACGUGCCAACCAAGCGACCAAAAACACCAUUCGCCGGCUUGAAAUUACACGCGAAGUGAAGCGUUCUGUGCGGCGUGCUUAUUGCGCAGGAGGACGAAGCGACAGUAGUGAUAAGACAUACUUCUAGCUGCCUGAUGUCUUUGCGAAACCCUGACGUUGUGUACGAUACCCUACGUGAACUACAAACAUUAACAUAAUUCUGAGGCUCCCUUUUCCAC